CGACCGCCGCGCGCGAUGGGACCGUCGUGGGUCCCCGUGGACGACGUCCUCGCGGCGGCGACGACGAGGAUGACCAGCGGCGAGCUCGUCCACGGCGCGACGUUCGACCUGUUCGCGUCCAUGUCCGCGAUCACCGUGGGCGAUCGAAAGAUGGACGUCGGCGUCGAGGGCGGCAUGGACGGUCUGGCGCCGCCGUUCCAGACGUCCGAGAAGCUCGUCGCCGCGGGGCGCGCGCCGCUGGAGCUGACCGACGAGGAGCAAAUCUACGUCUUCGACGCGCUCCUCGCGUGCGAGGCGACGUGGCACUCCGGCCAGUCCCUCGCGGUGUCGAUAUACACGUGCCUGUACAUGCACGACUUCGACCGCCUCGAGGCGUCGUCCUCGCCGGUGACGCGCGCGUACUUCGACGCCGUGCGGAGCGACGUCGCGACGGUCCGGAACGCCGUGAGCUUGGGCGACGUGUGGGAGGAAGAGGAC